GUUUCUUACUAACUGCACCAAAUCUGUGUAGAAUAUCUCCAAAUGUUGUAUUGUAUUCAGUAGACCUUCAGCUUCCUCGCUCCUAGUGCCUCUGUGGCAUUUUCCUUAAUUGUUGUUAAGGCUUGGUCCACAGGGGCGGACUGACAACUCAUGGGGCCCCCGGGCAAUAGGGGAUCAUGGGGCCCGUGUCCUUGCCCAAACUCAAAAAAGUCUAUGAAAAGGGUACCAGGGGCAUCUCAUGGGGCCCCCUACUGACCCCGGGCCCUCGGGCAGUGCCAGAGUUUCCAAAUGGUCAGUCCGCCCCUGGGCUUGGACUACUUGAGAAC